AUGCAUUGCCAGGACACCGAGCAAUAUUCCCCCGCCAGCUCGGCGUCAAGUCUCAGAACGGCCAAAUUCGACGACUCAGAUUCGUACAAUAGCGCAGCACCAAGCCCCAAGACAGUCAACGUCUACGAUGAAGACUGGUACAUACGGAAUACCCGCGAGCACCCCGACCCUGAGGUCGUAGAGGCGAACAUCGGCAACGCGAAGCGAGGCAAAGACGAAAGCGCAUUGUACAUCGCCCGCCAGAAGAAUGGCCGUCCGCACGCCGUCCUUGCGGGCGUGAACAUGCCCAAACCUCCACCCAAGGGGGAAUUCGCAGGUCGCUGGAAUUACAUCGAGUUCAUCCCGGAAUGGAACGAUCCGUUGUGGGUAGACCCCAAGCUCGAGAUCGACGAGGAGGACCCUCACAAGCGCCUCGUUCGACCGAAGGACUUGCUGCGGUACCUGCGUCCCGCGCAACGGCCCGAAGACCAGAUCCGGAAGCCCACGGCUAUGGCGUUGCGAUUCGGCAUCUUUCCCAUGCGCCAGGACGGCCGGUCUAGGAUGACGCCGACGAGAAGCACAUUUCGACAGUUCGCCGUCGGCGGCACCGCUUACAAGAUCAGUGGCGAGGACGUUGCCAGAGAGGCUGAGGAACUCGCCAAGAACUGGGGCGAUGACAGUGUCGAAGCGCUUUUGCAAAGAUACGCAAGUCUGGAUCCCAGCGGUAAAGGCAGGCUUUCGGAAGAGAGUGCCUUCGUUCUGAAUGCCAUGACGAGCAUGCAAGAGGAUGAGGACUGGCAAAGAAUUCUCUUUCUGGGAGCUACUACCAACGAACUAUUGGACCACGGCGUCUUAUCGUUCGGGAACGACUCCAGAAUUACUUUGAAGAGCCCCGUGCAUAGACUUUUUCGUAGGGGUAGAUGGGAAUCGCCUCUUUGGCGCGGUGAUAGCGAGAACACGCCCAGACUAGUUUAUCAAGUGGGAAAUCACAAGGGCGAGCUAGAUCCUGGCCGAUGA